AUGACUACAAAUCAUCAAACAGUAGGUCGUAGUCUUUUGCCAAAUAAUGAACGUGAACGUGAUGCUCUUCUCACUAUUCGUCAACAAGAGAAACGAUUACGACAAGUAGGACGUGAAGUUGAUGCACCUUUCACUUCCCGUCAUGGUGAAUAUAGUGAUGUGUACAGUGAACUAUCUGGUGAAAAAAAUUCAUAUGAACAAGCAUUCAAUACUGAAAAGCGUCGAAUUCAACAACAUUUGCAACGUAUCAGUCAAAAUGUUCGUUCAUUCUCAAAAGAUGUUCGUCAUUUAAAACCAGAUUUAACAAUGGUUAAUAAAAUUCGGAAUUCAAUCGAAGAAAUCGAACAAACAAUUUAUGCGUCAAAAGAAGCAUCUCGAUUAAAGUACGAAGAACUUAUUGCUGAAGAACGUUUACUAUCGAAUGAAGUACAAUCGUUAAACGACAAAAUUGAAUUAUGGUCUAAACAACGACCUGGUCAACAAAGAAGUGAAUCAGUUCCACCGCAGAGUGCAUCUGCACGUAAAAUUGAUGCAUCUAAUUCAAAUCUUUUGCCUGAAAUUAUUGAAUAUGACCGGUUUUUACUUGAACAAGGGGGAACAACAGGAAAUUGGGAUGAAUACGAUCAUGGAACGUUCUUACGGAUUCGAAAUAAAUAUAAGGGUGAUGAUAAAUUUAUUGAUGAAUCUAUUGGAUAUUUGCCCACUAAAACUCGAGAUGUAAUUCUCGAACAUGAAAAUUGGUAUCGACAAUUUUUAAGUAUUAGUAAUAAACGGCGUUUAGCAUUGAAAAAAUGGCGUGAUGAAAGAAAUCAUGCAAAAGAAACAAUUCUGCAAGAGGCUGAACAAGCACAUAAUACUAUUAAAGAAAUCGAUGAUGCCAUUCAGCGAACACAGGCUAAAGAACAAGAAAGAUUACGAACUGAAAAAGCAGCAUUAUUAGCUGCUUGGAAACAAGAACGAGACUUGAAAAAACAGCAAAUAGACGAAGAAAAAGAACGAAUCGAGAUGAAAAAACAACAAGAAGAAGCGAAAAAAAUUGCUGAAAAAGAAGAUCAAAGAAAGUUAGUUGAACAGAUUCGUCGUGAACGUGAAGAAACUGAACGAAGGGAAGAAGAACAAGAAGCAAAACAGCGGCGUCUUGAACAGGAAAUUCGAAAACGAACAGCAACUGUAGCUAUUCGUAAAUUUCGUGAAAGAGAUAUGAGCAAUUUAGAAGACAAAAUUGAACGUGACAGAUUACAAAAACAGGAAGAAGAAGCUCGACAACGUCGUCUUGAAGCAUCAAAAUAUCAAGUAUCGUUGGACUAUGAUCCUCAUCAUUUAUAUGAACCAACACAAGCAUGGACAUCACGUAGUAAAACUCCUCGAGAAGCAUCUAAAGAUACAUCGGCUCCACCAAGUAUCUUUUAUGUACCACAUCGAGCAACACCUAGUUGGCGUCAAUAA